AUGGCCACUCCCUCCGCUGCCUUCGAGGCCCUCGUGAACGGGGUGACGAGCUGGGAUGUCCCUGAAGACGCCGUGCCCUGUGAACUGCUUCUGAUUGGAGAGGCUGCCUUUCCGGUGAUGGUGAAUGACGUGGGCCAGGUCCUCAUCGCUGCCUCCACCUACGGCCGGGGCCGCCUGGUGGUGGUGGCCCACGAGGGCUACCUGAUGCAGGCCCAGCUGGCACCCUUUCUCAUCAACGUGGUGGGCUGGCUGCGCGCCUCUCCGGGGGCCCCCAUUGGGGUUCACCCAUCCGUGGCUCCUUUGGCCAAGACCCUUGAGGGCUCCAGCAUGGAGGCCAAGAUAGAGCCAGAAGUCAAAGCCUCCCUGGGGGUGUACUGCAUCGAUGCCUACAAUGAAACGAUGACUGAGAAGCUGGUCCAGUUUGUGAAGCGGGGAGGGGGUUUGCUUAUUGGGGGCCAAGCCUGGGACUGGGCCAGUCAGGGCGAGGAUGAGAGGGUCUUGUUCACGUUCCCUGGGAACCUUGUCACUAGUGUGGCUGGCGUGUACUUCACUGACAACAAGGGAGACACGAGCUUCUUCAAGGUCCCUAAGAAGAUGCCCAAGAUCCCCGUCCUAGUCAGCUGUGAGGACGACCUCUCUGAGGACAGGGAUGAGCUCCUGCAUGGCAUCUCGGAGCUGGACAUCACCAACUCAGACUGCUUCCCGUCACAGCUGCUGGUGCAUGGCGCGCUGGCAUUCCCACUGGGGCUGGACUCCUACCAUGGCUGCGUCAUCGCAGCUGCGCGCUAUGGCCGGGGUCGCGUGGUGGUGACCGGCCACAAGUCGCUGUUUACAGUGAGCAAGCUGGGCCCCUUCCUGCUGAAUGCCGUGCGCUGGCUGGAUGCAGGCCGCCGGGGCAAGAUCGUGGUGCAGACAGAGCUGCGGACACUGAGUGGCCUGCUGGCGGUGGGGGGCAUUGACACUAGCGUUGAGUCCCAGCUGACCAGUGAUGCCAGUGUCUACUGCUGUGAGCCUGUGAGCGACAUGGGCUUCAAGGAGCUGCAGGAGUUUGUGGCGGAGGGUGGUGGACUCUUGGUGGGUGCCCAGGCCUGGUGGUGGGCCUUCAAGAACCCAGGCGUGUCCCCUCUGGCUCGAUUCCCGGGGAACCUACUCCUCAACCCCUUUGGCAUCAGCAUCACCAGUCAGAGCCUGAACCCCGGGCCCUUCCGCACCCCAAAGGCAGGCAUCAGGACCUACCACUUCCGUUCCACCCUGGCCGAGUUCCAAGUCAUCAUGGGCCGGAAACGAGGCAACGUGGAGAAGGGCUGGCUGGCCAAGCUGGGCCCGGAUGGUGCAGCCUUCCUACAGAUCCCUGCUGAUGAGGUCCCAGCCUACACAUCUGUGCACCGGCUACUGAGAAAGCUGCUCAGCCGCUACCGGCUGCCCGUGGCCACGCGUGAGAACCCCGUCAUCAACGACUGCUGCCGGGGCGCCAUGCUCUCCCUGGCCACCGGCCUGGCACAUUCAGGGAGCGACCUCUCCCUGCUUGUCCCAGAAAUCGAGGAUGUCUACAGCAGCCCUUACCUGCGCCCCUCAGAAUCCCCCAUCACCGUGGAGGUCAACUGUACCAAUCCAGGCACCAGAUACUGCUGGAUGAGCACUGGGCUCUACAUACCCUCCAGGCAGAUCAUUGAGGUCUCCCUGCCCGAGACAGCUGUCUCUGCAGACCUGAAGGUCCAGAUUGGCUGCCACACGGACGACCUUACCAGGGCCAGCAAGCUCUUCCGUGCACCACUCAUUAUCAACCGCUGUUGCAUGGACAAGCCCAGCAAGUCUAUCACCUGCUUGUGGGGUGGCCUGCUCUACAUCAUAGCGCCCCAGGGCUGCAAGCUGGGCCCUGUGCCCCUCACUGUCAAGGGGGCAGUGCAUGCCCCCUACUACAAGCUGGGGGAGACGUCGCAAGAGGAAUGGAAGAGACGCAUCCAGGAGAACCCUGGCCCCUGGGGGGAGCUGGCAACAGACAACAUCAUCCUGACCGUGCCGACUGCUAACCUGCGCACCCUGGAGGACCCCGAGCCCCUGCUGCGCCUCUGGGAUGAGGUGAUGGCGGCUGUCGCCAGGCUGGGUGCUGAGCCCUUCCCUCUGCGCUUACCACAGAGGAUUGUUGCCGACGUGCAGAUCUCAGUGGGCUGGAUGCACGCGGGGUACCCCAUCAUGUGUCACCUGGAGUCGGUGCAGGAACUCAUUCACGAGAAGCUCAUCAGGACCAAGGGGCUGUGGGGCCCAGUGCACGAGCUGGGUCGCAACCAGCAGCGGCAAGAGUGGGAGUUCCCUCCGCACACCACCGAGGCCACCUGCAACCUGUGGUGUGUGUAUGUGCACGAGACGGUCCUGGGCAUCCCCCGUGGCCACGCCAACAUUGCCCUGUGGCCACUCGUCCGGGAGAAGAGGGUCAGAAUCUACCUGGGCAAGGGCCCCAGUGUUAAGAACUGGAACGCGUGGACAGCCCUGGAGACAUACCUCCAGCUACAAGAAGCCUUUGGUUGGGAGCCGUUCAUCCGCCUCUUCAAUGAGUACAGGAACCAGACCAACCUGCCCACAGACAACGUUGACAAAAUGAACCUGUGGGUCAAGAUGUUCUCUCACCAAGUGCAGAAGAAUCUGACACCUUUCUUCGAGGCCUGGGCCUGGCCCAUCCAGAAGGAAGUGGCUACCAGCCUGGCCUACCUGCCCGAGUGGAAGGAAAAUAUUAUGAAAUUGUACCUCCUCACCCAGAUGCCCCACUGAAACUGAAGUCAAGAAAUGCAAAAGGAAAUGGAGACAUCUCAGAAAGCAGCAGAAGGAUGUGGAUAUAAAUGGAGAGACCUCAACACAUUUCUGGAGGAGAAAGAGUGGAU